UUGAAACUCUUUCCAAUCGCCACUCCCAUCACCCCUGGUGGCUGAUGAGAGUUGGAGAAGGAAAAAAAAAAACACCUUUACUGGCCAAUCAGAGAGGGGGUCGUGGGUGCCCCUCGUGGCGGUCCAAGUCAUUUUCCAUUUCCCUACCUCCUCUUUGCACCGUUCCAUAAUAUAACCCUACCAUAUCAACCCCAUCGAAGCUCUUCAGGAAGCACAGAAGAGAGAGAGAGAGAGAGAGCAUUAUUAGGGUUUGUAGAAGAAAGAAAGAAAGAAAGAAAGAGAUGGGAAAGAAUGAGAAAACGGGCCUAGGAAGGGCACUAGUGAAGCAGCACAACCAGAUGGUCCAACAGUCGAAAGAGAAAGGUCGUUUCUACAGGCACCAGCAAAACAAGGUUCUUGAAUCCAUCACCGACGUCAACGACAUCGACGCCGUCAUCGAGCAGGCCGACGAGGCCGCUCGUCUCUUCUCCGUCGACAACCCUAUCCCCAACCUCCUUGUCGAUCCGGACUCUAGCUCUAGCAUCAGUGACUUGACACCUAAGGAAAAGAGACUUCAACAAAAGAGAGAGGAGGCAUUGCAUGCUAGCAGUCUUCGUGUUCCACGCAGGCCACCAUGGAAUACGAAAAUGUCCGUGGAAGAGCUUGAUACCAAUGAAAGACAAGCUUUUUUAGUUUGGCGUCGCAGCCUUGCAAUACUUGAGGAGAAUCAGAGGCUUGUUCUUACCCCAUUUGAGAAGAACCUAGAUAUAUGGAGACAACUUUGGCGGGUUGUUGAACGUAGUGAUCUGCUUGUGAUGGUGGUUGAUGCAAGGGACCCACUUUUCUACCGUUGCCCUGAUCUCGAGGAAUAUGCACGAGAAAUUGAUGAGCACAAAAAGACAUUGCUUCUUAUUAACAAGGCAGAUCUUUUACCGUUUUCUGUCAGAGUCGAAUGGGCAAAAUAUUUUCGCCUUCAUGGGAUUCUUUUUGUAUUCUGGUCAGCCAAGGCCGUUUCUGCUGCUCUUGAAGGAAAACAACUUAGAUUUCCAGUGGACAUCCAGAAUAGCUUGCAAGAAUCAGAUGAUGCUGAUACAAAAAUAUAUGGCAGGGAGGAGCUUUUGGCCCGUUUACAGUCCGAAGCAGAGGAGAUAGCCAUGACAAGGAGGAAAACACAUUCCAGCCGUGCCCAUUGUGAAAAUGUUGCAGGAAACACAGCAUCUAAAAGUGUGAUGGUGGGUUUCGUGGGGUACCCAAAUGUUGGGAAAAGCUCAACAAUCAAUGCUUUGGUUGGUGAGAAGCGGACAGGUGUUACAUCAACUCCAGGAAAGACAAAGCAUUUUCAGACACUCAUAAUAUCUGAUGAACUAACACUAUGUGACUGCCCUGGAUUGGUCUUUCCAUCCUUUACAAGCUCAAGAUAUCAGAUGAUUGCUUCUGGGGUUUUACCGAUUGAUCGAAUGACUGAGCACAGGGAGGCUGUGCAGGUUGUGGCAAAUCGAGUUCCUAGGCACGUAAUUGAGGAUGUCUAUAGAAUCACUCUACCAAAACCCAAAUCAUAUGAGUCAAAAUCUCGACCCCCUUUGGCAUCAGAACUUUUGAGAGCAUAUUGUGCCUCUCGAGGCUAUGUUGCAUCAAGUGGACUGCCAGACGAAACUAAAGCUGCCCGCCAAAUUUUGAAGGAUUACAUUGAUGGGAAGCUGCCUCACUUUGAAAUGCCCCCAGGAAUGUCAAAUGAUGAAGCUGGCCUGGAGGUUGUAGAUGCACCAAGCUCAUCUGAGAUGCAUGAAUCAGAUUCAUCUGAUACUGAAAACCCUCCAAGCAGUGAAGAUGAAGAAAGCACGCCCAAUUUAGAGCAUGUAUUGAAUGAUUUGAAUUCAUUUGACAUGGCUAAUGGAUUAGGUUCUGGGAAGGUCCCUGCUAAGAAAAAGCGUGAAAAUGCAUCUCAUAAACAGCACAGGAAGCCUCAGAGGAAAAAAGACCGGUCAUGGAGGGUCGGGGGUGAGGAUGGUGAUGGAAUGCCAGUAGUAAGAGUAUUCCAGAAGCCAGUGAAUACGGGUCCUCUCAAAGUUGAAUAGGUCCUCUUGUAGCUCAUUGUGGCUGCCACUUUUUUAUUUGCUGAUCACCAGUAUGGUUGCCUCUUGCCUAUAGUUUUUAAGUUUAUGUUUCUUAGUGAAUGCAAUCAUUUUAUUUGUUUUCUUCUUGUUGCCAAAUUAUUGAAUGAUGUGAACUUGAUAAUGAUUAGGAGUUUUGUAUUGUAAUAUCAUCAUAUUGUUGUCUGACUAUAGAGAAUCUGAAACCUCUGUACAUAUUGCAGAGAUAAUGCACAUGCCUUCCAUAUUAGAAAUCAAUGAAAUGGACCUUAUCUGAAUA